CUAGUGAUUUGUGAAAGAUAAGAAGACUUCCCCUACCCUAGGUUUUUAUUUUUAUUUUUAUUAGGAGUAAAACUCUCCUCCUUCGCUCCCAUCUUUUUCUUCCGUUUCUCAUUUUCCAUUCCCUCUUGGCAUGGCCCUGGAUCACUGCAGUGGCACUGCUCAUGGUAUGGCAAACAGAUUCAACCAAGCUCAACCUCAGCUUGUCAUGUCCCACCCUCCUUCCUCCCCAAAAUCCAUUUUUUCACAAAUGAUUUCCCUCUCCAUUAACCCUUCUACCUCUCACUCAACACACAAACCAUUUCCCUUCCCUGCAUGCUCUGAAACAACUGAAGUGUUCGGAGAAAAGCACAUCAUUUCAGUUGCAGAGGAGGAAAUCAGCAGAGAUGGAGGAGGUGAGAACACAACGGACAGCAGUGGGCAGUCUAAGCUCACUGCAAGAGGUCACUGGAGACCAGCGGAGGACUCCAAGCUUAAAGAACUUGUUUCCAUGUAUGGUCCACAGAACUGGAAUCUCAUAGCAGAGAAGCUUGAAGGAAGAUCAGGAAAAAGCUGCCGGCUUAGAUGGUUCAAUCAACUGGAUCCAAGGAUUAACAGAAGUGCUUUCACUGAAGAAGAAGAAGAGAAACUCAUGGCUGCUCACAGACUUUAUGGCAACAAAUGGGCUAUGAUUGCAAGGGUCUUUCCAGGUAGAACUGAUAAUGCAGUUAAGAAUCACUGGCAUGUAAUCAUGGCCAGGAAGUACAGGGAGCAGUCCUCUGCUCACAGGAGGAGGAAACUAAACCAAGCCAUGCACUUAAGGCUUGAAGAAAUCACUGCAUCUUCUAGACCUCUUCCUCCCUUCCAUUUUCCUUCUUCCAUUGUUGGUUCAAGCCCUCCUCAUCUCAUACCGAAUGGUGGAAUGGCCUCCUUAAGGCAAAAGCCCUCUGAUUGCAUAAUUUCUGGCCACAGAGAUCAAGAGAGGACAGAUAUGUUCAGGCUGAACGAUCAUGAGAUGAAGUCUUAUACCCAUCAAGCAUCUAUUUUGUUUGCAAUGCAUCAAUCAUCUGGAGCUCUACCCUACAAUUCCUCAAUGGUUUCAUCAUCUUGUUCAGGAGAUACAGCUGGGCAUUCUACUGGAGUUGAGGUAAAUAGAAGGGAUGGAAGCCAUGGAUAUAGUGAAAGAUCCAUCACUCCUUCACCAACUUUCAUAGAUUUUCUUGGAGUAGGAGCCACUUGAGGAAAAGAAGAUGAGAGGGGAAGGAAGAAUUUAAGGCUUGUUAAGUGGUUAAGAUCCAAUUAGGGAAUAAAUUACAUGGAGAAGGUUGAGAUUCUUAGCUUGUCUGUUUUAAUGUCAUUAGGAAAUAAUAUUUUUGGGGCUUUUUUUCUUAAUUUUAUGGAUUUUAUUGAACUACUUUUGCUUG